UGAAUGCACCAGGAGGGACGCUGAGGUGCGCUGAGUGGAACCUUUGGUGCACAAUUAUUUGUCUGGCUACUGCUUGUUAAAAAAAAAAACAACACAAUUAUACAUGAAGCGGUAACAGAACGCACAGACAGGUAAAGAGAAAAAAUGCUUUGGCAAAAAGCAAAAAUGUGCCACAGGCUUUCUUUACCCUGACAGUCUUUACUGAGGGAAAUUUGUAUCAUAAACCACUUACUGCAAUUGCUUCCUGGUCCUCUGCAAGGUUAGGAAGCUGUCAGUACUGACAGAAACACUUACAACCAGAACAACCAGCUACAGAACAGGUUUGUAUAUAAUGGCAGCUGUCACUAACACAUUUGAAAGUGUAAAAGCGACCAUCUUAUCAGCUCAUGAAAGCACCACAUCAGUAGAAAAGGUCAACUUCUACAACUCCUGGGCAGAGAACUAUGACCAGGAUAUGGCUGUUCUGGACUACCGUGCACCAAGUCUGGCAGCAAACAGCAUCUCCUCCCAUUUCAGCAGUGAUCGUGAAGCAGCUGUAGUGUUGGAUGUGGCCUGUGGUACAGGACUGGUGGCCAAACAGAUGAAGAGACAUGGAUUUGGACAUUUUAUGGGUAUCGAUGGAAGCGAGGCUAUGUUGAAGUUGGCCAGAGAGAGCGGGUUGUACCAGGACCUGAAGCAGUUCUUGCUGGGAGAGGGGCCGCUGCCUGUCCAAUGGGGUUUGUUUGAUGUGGUUGUGAUCGUUGGAGCACUGAGUGUUGGUCAGGUCCCGGUUGGUGUUGUCAGAAAGUUGUGCGAGUCCACCAAACCAGGUGGCUACAUUUGCAUGACAACCAGAAGUAACCGUGACAAUGUGGAAUACAAAGCCGCCCUGGAGCGUGAGCUCAAGCAGAUGGAGGACGAAGGGCUCUGGACUUGUGUAGAGGUGACUGAGGUGGAAGACUGGGAGAGAGCGGUGUCACAGCAUGAGGACGGAUACAUAGCUGGUGCCGUGUACCUCUAUAAGAAACUAAAACUAUAGCACGUUGCACGUCAAUGUAGAUGCGACAUAACAGCAGCAAACGUACAAAACAACUCAAGAAGAUACAAAAUAUUCAAAUAACUCACUUUUAACUUCAGGUGUCCCAUUUUAAAUGAACAGCAUCACAGGUCAGGCAUGAUGUGCCUGGUAUAUGACUUUGGGUUCAAGCAGCACAAAUGUCAGUGACGCUCUGAUACACAGUGACGUUGAAACUGGAAAAGUGGUGAAAUAAAGCACUCUCUAAACAGUA